AUAAAUAUGAGCUUCAUUGGCAAAAAUUCUAAAGCUUUUGUAAUAGAAAACUUUAACAACCAUCCGAAGAACAUUGGGUCUGCAAAGAAGGAGCCAACGCUCCUUCCGAUGGACCCUAAGUUCUCAUGGGAUCAUAACUCUAAGAAUAGGAAUAAAGCUCAUAAAUUGAGCUAUGAUAACCCGUUUGUUAAUGAGACAUAUUCUAGCCCACUAAAGAAUAACAAUCUGAAGCAGCCCAAAUUGACUGUGAAGCGGAGCUCCAUCAAGAUCCAAAAGUCGCCAUCUUUAUCCAAGAAUGGUCUUGAAAUGAUCUCUAAAAAUGAUAUCGCUUUGCCCAUGAAUGAGGAAGCAGGUAACUCUUUUGGCAAACAGAACAAAUUUUCGCCAGACAUGCCUGUACCUUUUGAACAUAAAUCUCAUUUUGAGAGCUUCAGUAAGACCAAAGGCGAGCGAGAGGUCCCACUGGACUCAGUCGAGAACUUCAUCGUUGAGAAAAAACCAAAACCUGAGCCUCCAAAGUUAAACUCUUGGCAAGAUCCUUCUGAAUAUGACGAUUCCGGUUCCAUGAGAUCUACUAAGCAAUUCUCAAAUGUUAAGAAAAAGAAUGUUAGGCUUGGAUGGGGCACCAAACGGAAGCGGACCAUAAUUAGUGCUGGGAAGAGCACCAUCUCUAAAAAUAUGAACACUAAUAAUGAUGACAUGAAUACGACAAUGAACAGCAUGUUCGCCCCUUCUCUAUACGAAGUGCCUACAGAUACUCCUCUAGGCCUUGACUUGGAGAAGUUCCUUGCCAACGAGUGUAAUGUUGAAGAUAUCGAGGAAGAUGAUAGCCAAGUAAAACUCAUGAAAAACUUGAUGAAAGACAACAAAGUUAUGCUCACAAUUAUGAACAAAAGAGCGAAUAACUUGAAGAUUGUACAGAGAUGGUGGAAUAAGGCCAAUUUAGAUUCUACAAUAAAUACCCUCAGUUCAAGAAGGGACACUAGCCUGGUUGUAGACUUCUUCAACUACACUUUUGUGAAGGACCCAAGCAAGCAUUUGUCUAAGAUCACAAUGGAGAAUGCAGCUGCAUUGCUUGCUCACCUUUAUUCUCUAAUAAACAGCAAAUAUGAGAGUUACAUAAUAAUCGGAUUAAAAGCUCUAAAGGGAAUCUUUGACCAAGUAACUCUUCUCCUCAGUGAAAACUGAAGCAUCAUUCGAGAGGAAGGUGGAGAGGUAAACCUUGAACUCAAACAACAACAAAACCUUGAAAAAGCAAAAAUGAUCCUCACCCAAAUGGAGAAGCUAAAAUAAGGGUAUAACAAAAGCGGCUAAAAGAAACAACAAUGCUUCCCUUCUCGCUAGCAAUUUAAUCCCAGACAUAGACUUCUACAUAGAAUCCUUUAAGAAAAAACGUAAAAUUCCUUAACCCCUAUAGGCACCCUCGCCUAUAAUUUCUAAUAAAAAAUUUCAUU